GACUUUGACUUCUUUUUUUUUUUUGAGAGAGAAAAGGGAAAACAAGUGGGAACUCACUGCCAUGACAGGAAAGGAGGGAGCUGUGUUUUCAGACUCUGAGAACAGACAGAAAACAGCCUCACAAAUCGGCGUUAACCACGCGGGGUCCCAGCAGCCGCCCCCGGUUUGGAAGAUGGCCCCCACAGUGCACCGGCGGACCGGCUUCGGGAUCCAGGAGCUGCUCGGCCUCAACAAGGAGCCGCCGGCGGCCCCGAGGCGGCCGCUCGAGGCUCUGCCGCACAGGGCUCACGUGCUGGCUGCGAGGUCGGUCCUUGGACAUGGUGGUCUCGGGGUCGGUAUGGGUUUGCUGGGACCGGAGGGAAUUCACUCGUUUUACAGUCAGCCGGCUUUCCUAGAGGUGCUGUCAGAGGCGCAAAAUGUGCACCUGCAGCCUCUGCACAGGACGACACACAUGGACGCACAGAUGGAGGCACAGCACUCCAACAGCUCCGAUUCAGACGACGUGAGUCUGUCCUCCUGUGAUCAGAAGUUCUCCAAGUCCUCCCUGAGUCAGAGCAAGAAGAGAAAGAAGAGACGACACAGAACCAUUUUCACCUCCUAUCAGCUGGAGGAGCUGGAGAAAGCUUUUAAUGAAGCUCACUAUCCAGAUGUGUACGCCAGAGAGAUGCUCUCCAUGAAGACUGAGCUGCCAGAGGACAGGAUACAGGUGUGGUUUCAGAACCGCAGAGCAAAGUGGAGGAAGAGGGAAAAGUGUUGGGGUCGCAGCAGCGUCAUGGCCGAGUACGGCCUGUACGGAGCCAUGGUGCGUCACUCCAUCCCACUACCAGAGUCCAUCCUCAAGUCAGCCAAGGAGGGCGUCACUGAAUCCUACGCUCCGUGGCUACUAGGUAUGCACAAGAAAUCAGUGGAGACGUCUCCUGGAAAACCGAGCAGCCUGACACCAUCUCCUCCUCCACCAGCGCAGGAGAAACCAGAGGACAUAGUGGUGGAGGAGAAGAAGGAGAAACAGAUGAAAGACAGUGACUCACAGAUUUCUAAAGAGGAGCUAAGGGAGAACAGUAUCGCUGUGCUGCGGGCGAAGGCGCAGGAGCACAGCGCCAAGAUGCUCGGGACAGUUUCUGACAGGUCGAACAGCCACGAAGCACAAAGAGAAGAGGCUGAGGACAAGCUGGCGGAGAAGGACACUGCAGAGGUUGAGAAGAGGGACUGAAUGUGAAAAAUGUUGCACGAUACAGACUG